GUAAACGUUCAUCCCCCCGCCUCUCCCCUAACACUCCAAACAGCUCACCACGAACACGCUUAGAUUCCAUUCAACUGUCAUCUGCAGCUUUCCAAUAUCGACGUGUAGAUACCAUCCUCCGCUAUGGCUUCUCAGACUCCAGCCGUUGUCAUGGACAACGGCACAGGGUAUUCGAAAUUGGGAUUCGCCGGCAAUGAUUCUCCUUCCUUCGUUUUCCCCACGGCGAUCGCGACAAAGGGUCCGGCCGGCGGCGGCGCCGGAGGUCCGGGACGUCCAGCUGUGGCUCAGAAGCCAUCAUAUCUCACUGGAGGAGGAGGACCUUCCGGUCAUCUGAGCGCAAAGAGAGGAACUGAGGAUUUGGACUAUUUCAUUGGAGAUGAAGCUCUUGCUCAAGCUGCGGGUCCCGGAUACAGCAUCAAUUACCCCAUAAGGCAUGGACAGGUUGACAACUGGGAUCACAUGGAGCGCUUUUGGCAGAAUUCCAUCUUCAAGUACCUACGCGUUGAACCCGAGGACCACUACUUCCUCCUCACCGAGCCGCCACUCAAUCCUCCGGAAUCCCGAGAAAACACUGCCGAGAUCAUGUUCGAAUCCUUUAACUGUGCCGGUCUCUACAUCGCCGUCCAAGCUGUGCUCGCUCUCGCCGCAAGCUGGACCAGCAACAAGGUUCAGGACCGGAGCUUGACAGGAACCGUGAUUGACUCUGGAGACGGUGUCACCCACGUUAUCCCAGUCGCCGAAGGAUACGUCAUUGGUUCAUCUAUCAAAUCGAUCCCCAUUGCCGGACGAGACAUCACGUACUUCGUUCAAUCGCUACUACGAGACCGUGGCGAGCCCGACUCGUCGCUCAAGACCGCUGAGCAGAUCAAGGAGGAGCUUUGCUACGUUUGUCCCGACAUCGUGAAGGAAUUCACGCGCUUCGACCGCGAGCCCGAGCGCUUCCAGAAGUACGUUGUCGAGCAGCUCGGCGGAAAGAAGGUAACCGUUGACGUGGGUUACGAGCGCUUUUUGGCGCCGGAGAUCUUCUUCAAUCCCGAGAUCUACUCCAGUGAUUUCUUGACGCCGCUACCCAAUGUCGUCGACAAUGUCAUUCAGUCCUCUCCUAUUGAUGUUAGGAGAGGCCUUUACAAGAACAUUGUCCUCUCGGGUGGUUCAACACUCUACAAAGACUUUGGUCGUCGUCUCCAGCGCGACAUCCGCCACCUAGUCGACGACCGCCUCCGCGCAUCAGAGGCCCGCUCCGGUGGCGCCAAGUCCGGCGGCCUUGAGGUCCAGGUCAUCACACACAAGCGACAACGUCACGGACCAUGGUUCGGAGGAAGUUUGUUGGGUCAGACUCCCGAGUUCAGGAGUUACUGCCACACCAAGGCCGAGUACGAUGAGAUUGGUCCUAGCAUCGUGAGGCGGUUUGCCCUCUUGGGUGGGCCUGGCACGUAAUUAUUCUUCCUUUUAUGGGAAAUGUCUGAGAUACCUUGCUUGGCUUGUGGAUGGGGUGCUUCAGUAGUGUAGUGGUCGGUGGGAUGGGGGGAUGUUAGAUGGAAAAGCGGGAUUUAUUGAUCGUGGGCAGUCGAAACAUAAAGACAUUACUUGCA